AUGACCGGGCUCAACUACACACGGAUUGCUCUACUGUUUUUAAUUACGCUGGCCGGAACCACCGGGGGCCACUGUCGCACGCUGCAAAGCUGGAUGGCCAAGUCCUCAUUUUUUCGUGACGGACACGAGGUAUUAAAUACUUAUAUCCAACCAAAACGUCGGCGGCGAGACACAUUGGAGACUCAGCGGGAACAUUGCGCGCUCUUGGCCGCUCCGUGGAUGGAGUCAACAGGACAUUUCGAAAGCGAAGGACAGUUAUACAGGCUUAGGGUACUAUCUUUGUCAGAGGAGGGUCCACGGCGUGCUGUUUUCCCUGAGCAGCCUCUUUUUCGUUUUGUUCGACGUGUUUAUCGAUGCUGUCAGAUGGGUUUCCAUUGUCGUGGAGUGAAGGGAAUUCAAGGACGACUAAAUGGAGGCUCUGAAGUGGAGUUUUUGCUCAGUGCGGAUGUCCUGUCAGUGCCUGUGGUGAGAGCUGAAGUGCACCUUCACAUUGUAAACCCACAUCACCUCCGAGUAGAGCCAUGGUUGCCCACUGUGGCAAAGCGUGACAAAAAGUCCUACACAAGGUACAGCGUAUGGUCAAAGGACGAGGUGGUGGAGCUGAGAGUGGACGUGCUGUUCCUUUUUCAGAGCCUCCAGGAGGUGGCCAGGCGUGUCCAGCGGGGACCCGGUCUGGCAGACCUCCGAAGGGUGGGGCGCCUCGCUAGGCUGAGGGGAGAGAGCCAGGGGGGCGGUCAGAACGCUUGGUCUCUCCAGGACACGGAUGGCGAUGUGUGGGGGGAAGGGGAAAACGUUCUGAGGUCUGCACUGGAGCUUGGUCUGCUGCUGCACUGCAGCAAAGGAGGAGCAGAGGUGCCAUGUGAGGAGAACGGUGUGCGCCUUCUCCACACUCCUUUCAUUGCCCUCUCCUACAGAUAG